CGAACCUGUCGCACUCACAUGAAUCUGCCAAGUUCACCGUUGCACAACUAUGCGAUUUAUCAUAAAGAAUCAUUUAAAGCAUAACACUCGACAAAGUAACACCUUCACAGGACGAAGAUAAAAAUUUCGAUUUUCAAAACGAAAUCGUCAGCAAAAAUGUGUAAAUUGAUAUUUUUGACACUGCUUGUGAGCAUGUUAUACAUUUCAACGAUUCUGGCAGCUGAUGAUUGGGAUGACUACAUUCAUCUUCCUGGAAAAUCAUGUGCGGAUGCACCAGCCUGUCCUGAUAAUCGACCUUGUGUUAUGGCUCCUCCUCGAUGUAACACUGGCACCUGUACUCAAGACGCAGUACCGACUUGUGGUCGUAAAAAAUCAUAAAUUGGAGUCCUUUUGUUUUAAUACAUAUUCGAUCAUCGCUUAUUUUUUGUUACAAAUUUUCACUGUCUUAACUAGUAAAACUAGUCUUCGAUAAUUUGAAAAUAAUUUAACUAAUCAAGUGCGCAAUAAAUAGAAAAUUAAAUUAACAAAAAUGAUUAUUAAAUAAAAUAUUUAUAUCGGUGAAUAAACUCUGAACUUGAAAGUUAAUGAUA